AUGAUUAUGGCCGUCGACGCUGUUCCCUCCUCUACCACUAAUGGCUACACCAAUGGCUUUCAUAAGCCCACAUUGCCACCCCAGCCUACUCGACUCCCUCUACAAGCGCAACGAUGCUUGAGACUUUUAUCACCAGCCAAGAUACUUUACAGUCCCACAAGCAAGCCUGUUAUUGUUAAUGGCCACAAUUUGACCAUCCCUUCGGUCGUUGCUGCUGCUCGCCACGGUGCUCGUGUGGCCCUCGAUGACUCCCAUGACAUCAAGUCUCGCAUGACCAAGGCUGAGAAUGCUAUUGAAGACAAGCUCAGGACUGGCAAAGUGUUUAUGGUAUUUCCACCGGAUUUGGUGGUAGCGCACAUAGCCGACACUCGUACCAGCCAGCAUCUCGCGCUUGGAAAAGCACUCCUUCAACACCAACAUUCGGGCAUCUUGCCUUCCUUUACGCAUCCCGGCCACGUCGCCGAGGACAAGCCCGAAGCACCAUUGCCCCUCUCCGACCCACUUAACACUCUUUCGAUGCCUGAGUCCUGGGUUCGUGCGGCUAUGCUUAUCCGCAUGAACUCUUUAAUCCGUGGCCACUCGGGUGUCCGGUGGGAGCUCCUCGAGCGUAUGGUAUCCAUCCUCGAUAACGAUAUCACUCCUCUCGUUCCUCUCCGCGGUAGCAUCAGUGCGUCGGGCGACCUUUCUCCUCUCUCCUACGUUGCCGGAACCAUCUUUGGCAAUGAGCAAAUCCGCUGCUACCACGGCAAACGAAAUGGCGAGCUCCCUCGUCAAAUCACGUCUUCGCGCGCGGCGCUUCAAGCCGCUGGUAUCGAACCUCUCAAGUUGGCCGCCAAGGAGCAUCUCGGUCUCCUCAACGGCACAGCAUUUUCGGCCGCUGUUGCCUCGCUCGCGCUCAACGAUGCCGUUCACAUGGGUAUGCUCGCCCAGGUCCUCACUGCUAUGGGCACCGAGGCCCUCGUUGGUACUCAAGGCUCCCACCAUCCAUUCAUUCACGCGGUCGCACGCCCCCACCCUGGACAGGUCGAGGCUGCUAAGCACAUCUGGGACUUGCUCGAGGGAAGCAAGUUGGCUCAGCUUGGUGAGGAGAAGGAAAUAACCAUCGAGGAAGACGAGGGCAAGCUUCGUCAGGACCGGUACCCUCUCCGCACUGCUCCCCAAUUCAUUGGACCUCAACUCGAGGAUAUCCUCCAUGCCUGGUCUGUAGUGACCCAAGAAUGCAACACCACCACCGACAACCCCUUGAUCGAUGGUGAGACCGGCCACGUUCACCACGGUGGUAACUUCCAAGCUAUGGCCGUCACCAAUGCGAUGGAAAAGACUCGCUUGGCGUUGCACCACCUCGGCAAGAUUCUAUUUGCUCAAUCGACCGAGUUGCUCAACCCUGCAUUUAACCGUGGUCUUCCCCCUUCGCUCGCUGCCUCUGACCCAUCGGUCAACUACCACGCCAAGGGGCUCGAUAUUGCUAGUGCCGCAUACGUUAGCGAGCUCGGCUUCCUCGCCAACCCUGUCUCGACCCAUGUCCAGAGCGCCGAGAUGCACAACCAGGCCGUCAACUCGCUCGCCCUUAUCUCUGCCCGCGCGACCGUCCAGGCACUCGACGUCCUCUCACUCCUUACUGCGUCAUACUUGUACCUCGUGUGCCAAGCCGUCGACCUCCGGGCCCAACAGCGCGAACUCGCUACGGGCGUAGCGCAGAUUAUCAACGAGGAGCUCGGGAAGAACUUCGCGGCCGUCUCGAUCGCUUCCGUUCAAGGACCUGUGUUCAAGGCCGUCAUGGAAUCGUACGAGGUGACGUCGACAAUGGACGCUGCUCCUCGUAUGCACACUGCCGCAGCGGCCGCUACCGCACCUUUGAUCGAGCUGCUUCCCGAGUCUGACUUGGCGGGUAUCAAGGCGUUCCGCUCUGCCGUUGGCAACCGCUCUGGAGAGCUCUACGCCCGUUUGCAGGGCGAGUACCUCCGUGGUGAACGCGGUGCUGCGCCGGCUGCCCACUUGCUUGGCAAUACCCGCCCGGUAUACGAGUUUGUUCGUGUUGAACUCGGUGUCAAGAUGCACGGCAUUGACAACCUCAACCGCUUCGAAGAGGGAUGGACCGGCUUGACAGUCGGACAGAACGUUUCGGUCAUCUACGAGGCUAUUCGUGAUGGCAAAUUGCAAGAAGUGAUUGCGAGCUUGCUGAGUGGUGUUGGAUAUAAACUUAGUGUGCGACGCGCCGUCGAUCAAGUCGUCAUCCAACUCGAGCGGAAAGAGCAAGAACGAAAGACGCCGAAGGAACCCGAGUCCGCCAUCGAUGUACCACAGCGCGCCUCUUCCGAGCAAGAAGAAGGGGGUGAAAACACCGACAACACCGAGCAAGACCAGGUCGAUAGCGCCGAGUCCCAAGGACCGGUUUUCAAGCAUGUACCAGCCGCCACCGUUGCCCGGGCAGGAUCUAAAUCCGCACUCGAUCUCCGUACGCCCACACGCGAUACAUUCUCAAUUGUCAGCGGCAGCAGUGGCGACAGCGGCGGCGGAAGAAGCAUGUGGGGCGAGCACUCGGUCAGCCAAAGGGGAUACGCCGCUUGGUUUCCAAUCGCGAUUGUUGUCCAGGCGCAAAUCAGCACCGCUCCACCCGUCUGCGUCUGCGACACUUGUCUCUUCCCCGAUUCUGGCUCACCAUCCCAGCCCCUGCAAAAGGUUGCCCCCGUCGCCACCCUCACCCCCGACUAUGUCCUCGGUGUCGUCGGCACCAAGGGAUGCGGGAAAUCCACGUUUAUCCGACUCGCAUUCCAGGCCGUCGACCCCGAAGAGUCGCGCAUUGUCGCUGCCUCGGCCGACGGCCCCACCAUCACCCUCGCCUGCACAACCGUCUCCCGCGGCACCGCCCGCAUCUUCGAGAUCGACGCCGACGAGCUCUUGGAUGUCUCCGAGCCUGUGUCCGACAACUGGCUUCUCUGGCCCGAGGGCUUCCCCAGGCUCCAUGGCCUCGCCGUAUGCUAUGAUGCUUGUGACCAGCGGAGCUAUGACCAGGCCAAACAAAUCAUCGCUGGUGUAGAGAAGAGCUUUGGCUCCUCGUUCAUCACCCUCUUUGUCGCCUGCAAGUCCGACUCGCUCCACGCCUCCGCCUCCUCCGCCCAAGAGCUUCCUCCCACCCACGCCUCCAAACUCGCCAACCGUCACGGAUUCAGAUUCGUUCAGAUCACUAAUCGAGGUCCCGACGGCCUUAGCCAGAUGGUUCACACAUUCCAAUGGAUGCUAGAUCGUAUAGGCACUUCCAGGGGCACUAAACGAUUGGUCAUUAUCCCACGGGGCAAGAAGUCGAGCGGUCGUACCAGUGAGCCCACUCUGCGUACUGGCUCUCGCACCCCCGAGCCUCUCAAAACACCCGAACCUCCUGUCGAACCCACUCUUCCAGCUCGAGCUCGAACUAAAUCUGCUGGCGACUUGGUCUCGGCAUGGAUAUCCGAUGGUUCGGACGCCCGAGCGGAAAAGGCACCCGUACGUCAUAUCAUUGAGAAAGCAGGAGAAGAGAAAGGAUCAAGGAGGAGCAUUGGCGAAGAAUCCGUUCUCGCAUACGGCUUCCCCAAGGUUCCCACUGGUGUCCCGGCUGUCGUGCGGGAAGAAAGGGAACGGGAAGGGAGAUCGAGGUUGUGCAGAUUCCGACACCUAAACCGAGCGAGGAAAAAGCCGCCUGCUCCGUUGUGUAUGCGCUGGGCGACGGUUGAGCAGUUGAUUGAUAAAUUGUUCUUUUGUGGGGUGUCUGAGGAUGCAUUUGACGAUGACCCUGACAAACCUUUGCGCGCAGAACCCUGGUUCAGUUUCAAUUUUUUCCUGACUUAUCGGUUGUUCACUACCCCUCGCACCGUGUUGCUCAGCUUCCAAAAACGACUCAAGGAAUUGGAACAGUCGCCGGUUGAUCCGCUCCUCGCUGGCUUUGUUCAGCAGAGAUUGUGUGCAUUACUGCAGAACUGGAUCGAAGACUACCCGAACGACUUUGCUUCGCCCGGCGCGCCAAGCGCACUAGCAGCCGUCGUCCGCACAGCAUGUGAAAACACGCACCUGAUGUACUAUGGGUCCGAGUUUACCUAUUUCCUAGAGGAGCUCCCAUGCCUCAAGGACGAUGCUUUUUCCUGGGCGUACAUCAGCGCCGAAACACCGGUCGAGGAUGAAUACGAGUUUGACUUGGACUUUGACCGCGAGUUCAAUUUUAGCCCCGAGGCCGAUGGGUUCCCGCUAUUCGAUCCGAGCUAUUCCAUCGCGCCCGGUUCGGCCGUCGGUAACGCGGACCAUGACGAGGAGCCACCCAUGACGGGUCGGACGGCCCGAUUCGAGUCUGGGAACGGCGAGUCGAUCGGACGGGGACUGAGUCCCGAUGCACGACGAGGCGCGUCCCCUGCACUCAAAGCGUUCCAAAGCGUCGCCAAGGCGUUGCUCGAAUACAACUGUCAAUCGAUCGCCGAGGAGAUCACGCGCCUCGAGACCGAGUUGUUCUUGAAGAUCAAGCCCCGAGAUUGGGUACGACGAGGUGUCAAGGAGGAUAAGCUCGGGAAACCCAAGUCGAUUGUUGAGAUGAACGCGUUUUUCGAUCGGAUAUGCAAGUGGGUCAUGUCGAUUGUUGUUUCGCUCGAUCGUGCGCAGGAGCGUGUACGCUUGGUUACUCAUCUGUGCGAAGUUGCUCAAUCGCUUCGUGCGAUGAACAACUAUUCUUCGUUGCGCGCGUUCCACGUCGGGAUCAACUGCGUGUGCGAAACUGGGGAUGUUGUCCAGUCGCAAGUCGAUGUGAAUGUAUGGCGCAAGUACCAGAGCCGGGAAAAGCUGCUUCGAGUCAACGAGAACCAUUUACUGUACCGGAUGGCAGUGAAGAAUACGUUUGGAGUGGGCAUUCCCUCUUUGGAGGUUCACUCGAGUGACUUGUCGCGUAUCGGCGAAUGCCCAAUACUAAUCCCGAAGGUCUCGUUCACUGGGCCAAGUUUACUCAUUAGCGAACAACAUCAUGAGAUCCAUGCGUUCCAAGAGCGGAUCCGCGAGAAUGGAGAUUAUGCGUUUGGUCCAGUCCCAGGAUUGGCCAAGUUGAUACUCGAGACUGAGUUGUUAGAUAUGGAGACGAUAUAUGAGCGGUGUUCCCAGGUAGACCGAGACCUGCAGCACGGAUACCCUGUUCCGAUGGCUACUUCUACAGCGAGCCGGUUGAGGGAAUACUUGAGGCGUUGA